ACUAAAAAACUCUGAAACCGCCCGUUUCCUUUCCCCUUUUCCCCUCUCGAACUAACGUAGACGUUCCAAACGCUUUUUCGUUUACAUUGAGAAUCCAUAAAGCUAGCUAAACCUCAUGCAUCAUUCCUAACAACCAAACAAAAAAAACAUCUCAAUGCCUCAAAUAUUCCCAUGGUUAACCUUAGUCUCAAUCAUCUGGCUCCAAUCAAUUAGCAGCACCAACACGGACUUCCCUGCCUACUCCUCGACCCUAAAAUCCCGACUCGGCAUCACACAACUCCAACUGAACAACCUCGCGGUUUCAUACUGGCAGUACUUUCUUCUCCAAGCGCUGGCGGGAAACAGCAUCUGCUGGUUCAAUACGACCUGUUACGUCGCAGCGAUGAGGAGUUUUGCCGUUGAUGACGGGUUCGUUAUUGGUUUGUCGACGAGUUACGCAGGGCUAAGCGCUAAACUGUACGUAGCUUUAGCCCAACUGAUCGCGGGCAGGGAUUUGAGUAGCAAGAGUAUAUACUUGUUGCUCAACUGUUUUGUGCCCCUUGGGCUGAGCCUUCUGACCGCACCAUUUCUAAAAGAAACGACACCGGUUCGAUCCGGUGCAGCUUCAAGUCUGCUUGCGGUAUUCGUGAUCGCAGGAGCGACGGGCGUGUAUGUCGUGGUUGAGAGCAUAUUCUUAAGUUCAGAACACUCAAUUUUGAUGCCGAUCAUUCUACUGAUAAUGGUUGGCUUGGUCGCCGCAGUGCCUUUAUUUAAGGCGCUUGAGAGAGUGCAGGACUGCGACGAAGUGCAGGUAGGGGCGGAAAAUAGAAAGAGGGGUUUUGGGGGAGGGAGCGUAGAGGAGGGGGAGGGCGUUGAGAACGAAGAGAACUUGAGGGAAGAGGGUUGCAUACGUGCACUUCAGAAGUCGGUCAAGAGAGUAGAGUUCUGGUUGUACUUUUUGGUGUAUUUGUGUGGGGGUACCGUAGGGCUUGUGUAUGCUAACAACUUGGGCCAGAUCGCGGAGUCUCGGAAUGUAAAUGAGGAUGUUUUGUUGUCGAUAUCAUCGUCCUUCACCUUCUUCGGUAGAUUGUCGUCAGCACCGCUGUCGCUGUUCACGACGAGCAGGAGAAAAUACAUAAUAUCAAGACCAGGACUAGUGGCGAUCCUCAUGGUACCCAUAUCCAGUUCCUUCUUACUACUGUUGAGCUCGUCGAAAACAUGUUUGUUCAUCAGCACCGGCAUCAUAGGGAUGUGCACGGGUGCCAUAACAUCCGUCGCUGUCUCCAUGACUUCUGAUCUCUUUGGCCCUGAGAAUUUCAGCGUCGACCACAACCUUAUCGUCGCCAAUAUUCCCAUUGGUUCUCUUCUAUUUGGAUAUAUUGCAGCACUUGUUUACGAUAAGGGUGCUGAUAACAAAGGUGUGUGUAUAGGAGUUGUAUGUUAUAGGACAACUUUCAUUACAUGGGGUUCUAUUUGCUCGCUUGGAACGAUACUAAGCGUUGUUCUGUAUAUUAGGACUAGAGGUUACCUACUGAAUACAUAGAUGAAG